UCUGGCAGAUAACAUAAUCAUGAAUAAUUCUGUGAAUACUUAUUCUAGCCAAUUAUAUUGCGGAUAUGAUAAUCACCAGUUGUCUGCAGCCACGUUACCGCUUAGUGUGCAUGUCAACAGUUUUCCUUUCCCUGCCUGACGCUUGCAAGUGGCACAGCUGCUAUCUAUAGUGCCACUAUUUUAAGACCAUGCAGACGGGACGCAAUGGAAGCCCCACAAACCCUUAUUUACCGUCCAGUGUUAGGGAAAAAAUGGCUAUUCUAUGCUCGAGUCAUGCGCUGCAUUGUCACUUGAGAGCCUAUUGGAGGAAGAAAACAGACUUUAAAAGAUCAUGGAAGUGCCCCAAGGCCUGGGAGUCAACCGGGAUAUUCAUGCAGAGAAUGCGACCCUUGAUCUAGAGGACAGAGAGCAGCACCAGGCGGGCUGGGUGAGAGUGAGGGUGGAAGAGAGCUGCUUCACUGUGGAGCGUGCUUUGCUUGCAAGGUGCAGCAACUACUUCUGCGCCCUCUUUCACUCCGGGAUGACAGAAAGUCACCAGGAAGAGCUUUAUUUAAAGGGUGGUGUGUGUGCAAGGGGUUUCCUCAUCGCCCUUGCAGUUUGCAGAGGAGAGUCCCCCUCUCUCAGUGACCCGGAUGAGCUUGUAGAAGCCGUAGAGUGUGCUGCUUUCCUGCAGGUUGCAUGUUUGGUGCAGUAUCUUUGUGACAUUAUUGACUCAGACAACUGCCUCUUGCUUUACCAUGCAGCCUCCAUCUUUGGGGUGCAUGCACUCUUUCACUGUGCCGCUCUUUUUCUUUGUGAUGCUUUCGAUGAUUUGAAGGACGCAGCAGAGAGUAUGAUCCCUGAAGACCUCCUUCGGUAUUCUCAAUCACUUUCUCCGGCUACUUACAUAGCUAUAGGCACACACUCUCCUUCAAUGGAGCUGCUACAGGACUCCUUUAGGGUUGUUUGUUACCUUGAUGAAAAAGAGGGAGAGUGGAAACAUCUCACAAACCUCCCAACUCUCUGCAGUACCUCCAUGGCUGGAGUGGCAGUGCUUGACAACCGAUUGUACAUUGUAGGGGGAGUUUACGGGUAUGGGAAGGACACAGUGGACAGCAGCUUCUGCUACAACCCGGACUCAGGUGUUUGGACAAGUCUUCCUGGUCCCCAGCAACUAAGAUAUGACUUCACUCUGCUGGGGCACGAGGGCCGACUCUAUGCUAUUGGGGGCGAAUUCCAAAAACGGACAAUUUCCACAGCAGAGAGUUACAAUGUUGAGAAAGCAGAGUGGACAUUUAUACAUCACGCACCAAGACCUGUAGCAUCUGCAGCUUGUGCUGUUGCAAGACGACGGAUGUUUGUCUGCUUCUGGAAACCACCAGACACAACAGAUAUAUAUGAAUACAUACCAGCUAAAGACGAGUGGAAACUUGUGACCACUAUGAUUAAACCUCAAAGCUACGGCCAUUGUAUGGUAGCCCACCGGGACAAUUUGUACGUGAUGCGCAAUGGACCUUGUGAUGACUUUCUGCGCUGUCUAAUGGACUGCUACAACAUCACGACAGGCCAGUGGACAGCCAUGCCAGGACACUACAUCAACAGCAAAGGGGCGCUGUUCUCUGCAAUGAUAAGGGGGGACUCUGUGUUCACAGUGAAACACAUGUUAACUCUUGAAUACACCAUCACUGGAGGUGGAUGGAAGCCCCGCAGGCAGAUGAAGGGAUUUCCAAAGAGUGGUUCACUGUGGACGUGUUUACUCAGGCUUCCCAAGACGGGACCAGUUACACCACAGCUGGAAACAGAAGGGGAGGAAGAAGAAAUGUCUUUGCCAGACACAUCUGAGGGAUUUGUGGAAGCUAUACCACAACUGUGAAGAACAAUGUUUUGUCUUUUAGGGUUUCUAAACUGGAAGUGUAAGAAUUAAAAAAGACACUAAAUGACUGCAUAGUGUCAGUCGCUUUCACAUGCAUUAACACACUAAUACACAUGUGCUGAAGCUAUGCAUUUGUUCUGAUUAACAACAGCUGCUACUGUAGUUUAUAUUAGGAGAGGCCACUGUGUAUGUGCCUGUGUGUGUAAAGUUCAAAGGCACUGACGGGAUGUUCUUAAACCUCUCGAUCUCUACGUUUUUCCUGAAGUCACACUGGGCCAAUUCAGGAGCCACCGGCCUCCCAGUCGACAUAAAACACACCACACACUCUUGG